CUCCGAAUUAAACUCAAACCUGAGAAUGUUUCUAAGAUUAGGACAUGAAUAACCCGAGGGUUAAUACAACAUUGAACUCAAACCCCAACAUGUCCAAACUCUAAGAGACCAGCAAAAAUAUCAAGUUGUCUAGGUUAAGAUGUAUCGAUAGAGACACUCGCUUAGCAAAAGAAUACUACAAAAACGAGAGGCUUCACCUAUUAAAACAAAGAAUUUUACAAUACAUAUAAACAUCAAUGUUUUCAUAUAUACGUUGUACUAUAAAGAAAUUUAUACGAAUGCAUGUGUGUACAAAUUGACUCAUUAGUCAUUACAUUUGGAGGAUUCAUAAAAGAAUGGACCUAGCAACCUCACCAAUGCCCCGUCACCGUCACCGUCAACAACGCCGCGGCAAUCCCGCUGCGUUUUUAAGCAAAGACCUCUCCAUUUGUUUAUUCAGAAAAAAACGUAAUCGUAAAAGGAAAAAGAAACGUUUUAUUUUCCAACUUAUUAAGACCGCCACCAGGCAGCAGUGGCACAAUGUGAAUAUCCUACAGCAGGGAGGGCAUUUCCGUCACUUCAAAUUAUUUAUCCUUUUAAUUUUAUUUUUCUUUCUACCCUCCACUCUCUCUCUCUCUCUCUCUCUCUCUCCAGUCCACGAGAAAUUGAAUUCCCAGUUUUCCCCAAUUUCACACUUUUCACUUUCAGCUACUUUUCCUCUCCCAAAAAUCCCAAUCCAUCUCUCUCCGCUACCUAAUCCCCGAUCCCUCCACAAUCCCUGAUUUCCAUUUUCCAUCCCCUCAACGAUCUAUCUUCUCCGAUUCUUCCCCUCCAUUGAUUGCGAUAUCCAGCUCUCGGUUCAAUUCCCGGUAUACAAUUCAACGCUCCACCUUUCGGGGACCCGAUUUCCUGCGAUUCCGUGUUCGAGUUCGCCAGGACUUUUGGUUGGCUACUUUUUACCUGGAGGUCUUGAUUCGAGAGUGAGAGAGCAAUGAAGAUUGAGGAGCUGGACGAUCCGGAGUGUAGGGAUGAAGAGCGUGGCGUCUACGAGAAGCAGAUGCAGCUACAGAUUGUUAGGGUUGACGCCAAGAGAGCCCUGGUUGGAGUUGGUGCUCGGAUUCUUUUCUACCCCACGCUCUUCUAUAAUGUGUUUCGGAACAAAAUCCAGGCUGAGUUCCGGUGGUGGGAUGAAGUUGACCAGUAUCUACUUCUGGGUGCCGUCCCAUUUCCUAAGGAUGUUCCUCGGCUGAAGAAGCUCGGCGUUGGUGGAGUCAUCACUCUCAAUGAACCAUACGAAACUUUGGUUCCAUCAGCCUUGUAUCGUGUCCAUGGAAUUGAACAUCUAGUAAUUCCAACAAGGGAUUAUCUUUUUGCCCCUUCUUUUGCGGAUAUUAGUCUGGCAGUAGACUUCAUCCACAAGAAUGCAUUGUGUUGCAAAACUACCUACGUUCAUUGCAAAGCUGGGCGUGGAAGGAGUACUACCAUUGUGCUCUGCUAUUUGGUAAAGUUUAAGCACAUGACACCUGGUGCGGCCCUUGAUUACGUGAGGUCUAGAAGACCUAGAGUGUUGCUAGCUCCAACGCAGUGGGAGGCUGUUCAAGAAUACAGCAGACGCAACUCACGCCGGUUAUCUUCCACCACGUGGUCUCCAUCUGGGGAUGAGGUUCUCAUUACAAAAGCAGAUCUUGAAGGCUACCACAGUUCCUCCGACGAUGGUGCUACUAGCACCGGUAAGGAAUUGGCAAUUGUACCAAGAAUGAAGUCAAGGCCCAUGAUCGCCCGGUUGUCCUGCCUCUUUGCAUCCUUGAAGGUAUCCGGUGUCUCUGGGCCUGUUGCUGGUCGGAUGCCCGAGGCACGUGCUUGCUAAAUGAUCUCGGGAUACAUCACACCGAACUGUCGCGAGAAGGUUGUGUUGUAUUGUAUAGAAAUAAAGCCCAUCAUGUUUUUAUGACCAAAGAAUUAUGAGAGAAACGAAUAGGAGGUAAUUGUGUAUGCUGCCAUGACAAUUGCCAGAAGAAGAAAAAAAAGGCCUCACCAGCAGCUGCAGCUUGUACAUAGCUUUGGCUCUUAGUUUAUCAUUUCAGCAUUUGUUGCUUGCAAAUGUGUUUUCCUCCACAGGGUUUUGCUAAAUGAAUAGUGAUGUAGCUUCAUCUUUGUAGCUUUAGUUGGUCUCUGUCACGUCGCCAUUGUCGUACCGCUUUAGUUCGAUUCAGAUACCUUUGGUAGGAUGUUCAGUCUCUAGUACCUGCAUGCUGCAGUUGCAGUGGUGUAUUUUUGGAAUAUAGGUAGUAUUGUUCUGAUGAAGGCUAGAGGAAGAUUCCUGGCGGGUGGUGGAAUAUGCCCGAGGAUCGAUCUCUAUGCAAUAAACAGAACUUGUGGUUUCCGGCAAGUGACAAAGAAGCUCUGGAUUUUAUUUGCUGUGGAAAGGUAGGCGGUUUGAUUUUACACCUUCACUCUCUUAUCUGGUCUCUAAAAUGCUGAUCGGUUGCUUUCUGUUUAGGAUUAUGAUUGAUGAUGAGAACUUUACACGGUAUUGAAUAUUCGAUCAUCGUCUUUGGAAUGAUGUCAUCGAACUGUUGUUCAUCGUCCGCACAGGUCCAAAGAGUUGUUUUUUUUCUUUUCUUGUUUGUUUGGGCCUUAGGAUUGUGCUGUUGUUCCAUAGGCCCAGUAGGUGAUCCGACUCUGACUGUGGAUAGCUUCGGCUUUGAGAAAUUGGGCUUUCGGAUUGGGCCGUUUCAUCGUCGGCAAAAGAAUGGCGUCUGACAGCGGUGACUCUUUCGUGGAUACGUGCGGUGGGAGGUUGAGCUGAUGGACUUUCAACACGCAUUAGUUGGGUGUGCAUUGGGGCAUUGGGCGUUCGCUUAUCGUAGGAACUAACAGAGAUGUUUUUUUUUUCAAAGUCAGUAUUAAUCAAAAGUCACAAACCGGAAGACAGAAAAGCGCGGGAGUCGACCAAUAGUCGAACUCCAGAUGAGAGGGACUUUUGUGCCACAUGAUGGGCAGCCCUAUUAAGGUGACGGGACACAAAACAGAAGGAAACACUGUGAAAUGAAGAUGCCAAGCUCCGAAUGUCCUCCAAUAUAGCGCCACCCCGAACAUGUUGCACAUCCCCUCCAAUCAUCCGACGGAUCAAGAGUUGAGAGUCCCCAUGAAAACAAACAGCAAGAAAGGAAUGAGUUAGACACCACUGCACAGCAUCCCGUAGAGCUAAACAUUCCAUGAGAAAAGGGUCCUGAAUCCCAUCAUAAAAUUUUCCAAAGGCAAACAGAACAGUACCUGCCGUAUGGAAGCCGACAAAUCCAAUACUACCUCCUUGGCCACUCUUGGUAGCACCAUCAAACCAGACAUUGAUAGAAGUAGAGGAACCAGGAGUCGUAUGGGUGCCUCUGGGAACACGUGAGGGCCCUGGAGCUGUAGAAACAGUACCGCCGGGUGGCCGCGUUGAAGGGUUUGGCCCUAAGGUCCUCCAUUCAUCGACUUGUCGUUGAAACUGCCGAAACAGAGCCACUAGGAGAUAUUGAAUGCCAUCAUGAACCGCCCAACACCUGCCCUUCCAAAUCCGCCAGAAAAUGAAAACAACAUUAGCUAUCUCAAUUUUUGACAAAUUCAUAAAAAAAGAAAAGAUGAUGCCAGGACUCGUCAGGACUCAAUCCUCCAAGGGUAUUUCUCAAUUCUUCAAGGUCCGCCAGUUGCCACAAUCCGCGAGCUACCCUGCAUGAAAAGAAAAAAUGGGAAAAGGAUUCUGGCUCCUCGGAACAUAUAGGGCACGUCGUGUCAGUCACAAGAGUUUUAGUAAACAAAACUAUCUGCA